AUGUCUGAUUCCGCAAUACCAGUCCAGGUCCGCGGGCGAUACUUCUGGAAAGGCGAUGAACGAUUCCUUCUACGUGGAGUGGUGUACCAGAUGAAAGGAGCAAGGCCAAACGGUCACAGCCCAACCCAGGAUCCUCUCGGUGAUGAUAUGCUUGAAGACCUCAAACGAAGUCUGCCUUUACUCGAAGAACUUCGGCUGAAUACCUUGUUCGUCUGUACGUUGUUGUUUCCUUUCAUGUGGAGUACCGCUUACACUCCAAGGGAAGAUUCCAUUGACCACACGAAAAGUCAUGAGAAGACUAUGAAACUACUGGCGGAUGCUGGGAUUUACGUGAUCUUUGUAGGUUUGCUAAUUUCGGAUGACGAUGCUGAAGAUGAUCUGACCAUGCAGUGCCUGUCCACACCACGAUGCUGCAUCAAUAGAAGCGCGCCGUUUGAGUCGUACACGCAAGACCUCCUUCAGGAGUACUUCUCCACUAUUGACUGCAUUUCGGCCUAUUCUAAUACGCUAGGAGCCAUCUUGGCGAACGAGGUGAUAAAUUCUGUAAGAAACACCAACGCUGCGGCGAUCAUCAGAGCUGUGACGCGUGACGUGAAGAAGUACAUGGCCUUAGCAGCCGAGGUCUACAAUCAAAGGAUUAUUCCUGUUGGAAUCAGCUCGUCAAAGAUUCUCACCGUGUUUCAAUCAGAGUUCGACUAUUUGUCCGGCGGUGACCAAAAAGAAGCCUUGGACUUCUUUAGCUUCAAUGACUAUUCUUGGUGCGGAGAGUCCUCGAUGAUGAUUUCGGGUUAUGAUAGGCUCGUCGAUCGGUUCUCCAAAGCACAUAUACCAGUCUUUUUCUCGGAGUACGGAGCGAACGUGACAAGACCCCGUUUGUUUCAUGAGACGAGUGCAAUCUACUCCCCAGAAAUGACCAAUGUAUUUUCCGGGGGUAUUGUAUACGAGUUUAUUGAAGGUCUCAACAGAUACGGCUUGGUACGGAUAGCUGAGGGCGGCCAACUGGAACCACUACAAGAUUUUCACAACCUCAAAGUUGGUCUCAACAUGUGUUGCAAUGUCCAGCCAAACACCUCGGUGGAAUGGUCGAGCAGUUCUAACACGGCAUCCAUGGCGCCCAAGAUGCCACAAGUCAGCUCCGACUGGCGAGCGAAGCCAGAUAUACCUGAGAGCCCUGUAGAUUGGGAAGAGGCCCGCAAGCAGAUCGAAGAUGGCCAAUGGAUAGAUGUAGAGCGUGAGAUCCGGGCUUUUGAAAUGGAAGAGCUGGCGAAUUCAAUGUGGGGGAGGUUCCAACUCGAUGGGACGGGGCCGCACUGGAGUCAGUAG